UGCAGGUCUCAGCCCAGCAGCUUGUUCAGCCGCCUGCAGCAGACAGAUAGAUGUGUGUGUCUGUUUUUGCUGUCACUGUGCUCCUCCACACACACACGCACACACACACGCGCGCGCGCACACACACACACACACACACACACACACACCGUCAAGGCUGAAUGUCAGUCUUCUCUCUGUUGAAACUUCACACUCGACACAGCAACACGUCUUUAAUUUUUUCUUCAAUUCAAAGGAUUGUUUCAUGGCUCCAGUCUGAAGAAAAACACAGUGUGUGUUGGAUCCGAGAGGCCAGAUUUAUGCUGCUCACAGAGACUGUGGCGCCCCAGUUGCUGCUCCUUGAGAUCAUUUCCCACACAGGUUUGAGCACAGCUGUUCACAAACUGCAAUGUCGUCAAAGAUGCAGAGCUCCAGCAGCAUAGCUCAUGCCAGGCGGACGGUGCAGCAGCUGAGGAUAGAGGCCAGCAUUGAGAGGAUAAAGGUGUCCAAGGCCUCGUCAGACCUAAUGCGCUACUGUGGAGAACACGCCAAGAACGACCCGCUGCUAAUGGGCAUCCCUGCCUCUGAAAACCCUUUCAAGGACAAGAAGCCUUGCACUGUUUUGUAGGGGAACUGAGCUGAAUGCCUGCUGCUUGUCCUUUUUGAUGUUUAUGUGGAAAAGAUCUGAUCGUAAUACUGUUCGCUCCUUGCCUUAAGGCCAGCUUAUCCCUUUUCAUUUUUCACAUGUCUGCUGCAGUUUGAUAAGAAAGGGAUUCAGUCAGAUAGCAGUCACACCAAAGAAACAGGUGUAAAUCUGAAGCUGUGACCUCUGAUCAGAUCUUUAGCUCAAACAAAGGUGAAUACAAGUUUGAAUGGAGGCUCUGCUGUGAUUUUACUUCCCCGUGCUGUUAUCUGAUAAGAUCUAGAGGAAACUGUUCCACAGAGGAAGAGUCCCUGACCCUCUAAUUAUCACAGCAAGCAUAAACAAGCCCCCUCAAUCAUUGGUCCAAUCAGAUCUAGGCUUUCAGCUUUCACCUCUUACUUUCAUCUGGCUCGCUGUGGGAAACGGUUUUUGUAGUUUGUGUGCUUGUGAUAAUGAGUGCCUGAGAUAAUGGUGUCCUGUGGUUGGAAGAGUAAACUGUGCUGUCCAUCACACAGGAGGACAAAUAGAAAGAGCAGAAGUCCAGUGCCACUGCUCCUGUGAUAUUAUUUGCCAUCUAGUCACAGCCAGACAUUUAAAUUAAAAUUGAAAAUUAAUCAGAUUGGUUCAGAUUGUUGAGACAUAAUUUAACUUUCGCAGAGACAACACUCGAUUUUCAGUUUUUUGGCUCUGUUGGGUGUCAAACACUUUUUAAGAACGAGUUGAAUAACACUCAUCUGAAUCGAGUGCAAAACAAUGAAAUAUCUGUCUAAACAGUUUUUUUUAAAUUGAUUUUGUCAUGCAAUCAACUUAGAAGUUAAUUUACAACUCUGAGUACAAACAUCUGUUAAUAUGAGACACACGAAGUACAAGGUACGGAACAUGAUGUCCGAUCAUCACAGACUGUUGUUGAAGGAAAAAUAUUUGAGACCAAUCUGUGCCAUUUAAUCACUGUCUCUGUUAUAUUAGACUUCUGGUUCCUACCACAGAACUAUUAUUGUCAUUACUGUUAUUGUUACCUGCAGUUUCUUUGUUUCUCUCCACAGAACUGAGGAUUAUUACUGUACUAUUACUUUCCUGUACUCUUUAGGCACUUUCAGACCUGUAAACACCAGAUGACUGUUAUACUCUUGAGUUUGAAACAUUCCACGUUUAAAGCUGCUCCAAAUCCUACUUUGACUUUACUAUGAGCAUCUUUGACUGGCUGUAUUCAGCUGUCAUUUGUGUGUUGGUGCUUGUGCAAAUCAACUAAUAUUGCAAUUUUGCCAGCAAGGGCCUUAAUGAUGAAGUAAACCUGCUUCAACCUUUUGACUACCUUUUAGUCACACAAGUGCUUUUGUGUAAUACUGUGAAUAAUAAAGGCCCUGUAGGUGAAGAGGGUAUAUUUGACAAGAGGCCAUUUACCCUGUAUGAUGUCCUACUUCUAAAUGACUCAUGUAUGUCCAUGUAUCACAGUAUGCGCUUGCUUAUAGCUGUGUAAUGUACUUUCUGCAGGAUUGCAGUGAUUCAGUCAAACCUCAACUCUCAAUUUCUGUUUUGCAACAUUAAUUCAACUUUUGGAUUAAAAAUGAAUGUGUUGUUAUGGUUAAUUGUGUAUUCGGUUGAUUUGUGGUGAAUCUAAAUCAGAAAAACUGCUGGUUUCUCACACAUGGUGAGUAUGGUAACUACUUACUGUAUGCCGCACUCUGCCUUUACCUGUCUGUGGUAAGUGCAAA